AUCACAUCAUCUGAGCCAUGGUCCUGUUUCUGGAUGGUUCUGGUACCACAGCUGCCUGCUGCUGCCUGGUCCGCCGCAGGUUCAGGAGGAGGAGGAAGAAACGCUCGGAGCGCAAAGGUGGAUCCCGGCCGACUCGAAGCCAGCAGAGGCUGCUCAUCGUAGAGGAGGACGCCACAGCAAGCAUGAGUUCAUGCAGCACAGAUGUUAAGGAAAAUCGGAACUUUCACAACCUCUUCUCCAAAGUGGCUGCCCACCUCUCUAAUGGGAGUGCUGGGAGUGGUAGGAAGCGUCCCUUAGAGGAGGGCAAUAAUGGCCACUCACACUCCAAGUACAGGCCCAAGAAGCGAAAAAAGGUCCCUGGGCCUAUUCUGCCCAAGAACGCCCUAAUGCAGCUGAAUGAGAUUAAACCAGGACUGCAGUACAAACUGCUCUCUCAGACCGGGCCUGUCCAUGCACCCAUGUUUGUGAUGACUGUGGAAGUCAAUGGGCAGCUCUUCGAGGGUUCGGGUCCAACCAAGAAGAAGGCCAAGCUAAACGCAGCAGAGAAGGCUCUGCGCUCCUUCGUCCAGUUCCCCAAUGCAUCCGAAGCCCACAUGGCCAUGGGCCGAACCCUGGCUGUUCACACAGACUUCACCUCAGACCACGCUGACUUUCCAGACAUGCUCUUUAAUGCCUUUGAGACAUCCACCUCUCUAGAUGACCACUUUUACCUCACCUCCAACAGUAUUAGUUCCUUCACUGCUCUGGGAAUUGAGUACCAAUUGCUACCUUCCCUUGUCCCAAACCUACCCCAGUGUCCACUGCCCCCUCCACCAUCCACCUUCAUCUCCCCAACAAGUGGCAAGAAUCCUGUCAUGAUUCUCAACGAGAUGCGUCCUGACCUCAAAUUUGACUUUGUGUCAGAGAGUGGGGAGAGCCAUGCCAAGAGCUUUGUCAUGUCAGUGACUGUGGAUGCUCAGAAGUUCCAGGGUUCUGGGCGCAACAAGAGGCUGGCCAAGGCCAGAGCUGCUCAGGCAGCUCUGUCAGCUCUCUUUAACAUGCAGCUCAACCAGGCCCCAUCACAACAGCCUAUACCCAGAGAGGGACUGCAGCUUCACCUGCCACAGGUUCUGGCAGACGCCGUCUCCCGUCUGGUCAUCGAUAAGUUCAGCGAACUGACAGAUAACUUCACAUCUCCACAGGCUCGACGGAAAGUCUUGGCAGGUGUCGUUAUGACAACAGGCACAGAUGUGAAGAAAGCUCAGGUCAUCUGUGUGUCCACGGGGACAAAGUGCAUUAACGGCGAGUACAUGAGUGAUCGAGGUUUGGCCCUCAACGACUGCCAUGCUGAGAUUGUAGCUCGGCGCUCUCUCAUCAGGUUCCUGUACUCCCAGCUGGAGCACUUCCUCAGUAACAAUGAAGAAGAGCAGCAGAAGUCCAUCUUCAGCAGGUGUGAGAGCAGACCAGGCUUUAGACUGAAAGAAAACGUUCAGUUCCACCUGUACAUCAGCACCUCCCCCUGCGGAGACGCUCGCAUCUUCUCCCCUCAUGAAGCUGGAGUGGAGGAUCAGGGAGACAAGCACCCGAACAGGAAGGCUCGCGGGCAGCUGAGGACUAAGAUCGAGUCUGGUGAGGGAACCAUCCCCGUAAGAUCCAGCAACACCAUCCAGACCUGGGAUGGGGUCCUGCAGGGGGAGAGGCUGCUCACCAUGUCCUGUUCAGACAAGAUCGCCAGGUCUGAGUCCAGAGGUUCUCCAUUUAUGUCAAAUGAGCCGAUAUGGAACGUUGUUGGAUUCCAAGGCUCUUUGAUGAGCUACUUUACCGAGCCCAUCUACUUCUCCAGCAUCAUCCUGGGCAGCCUGUACCAUGCCGACCACCUGUCCCGGGCCAUGUACCAGAGGAUCACCGACAUGGAGCUCCUGCCGCCGCCCUUCAGCCUCAACAGACCCCUGCUGAGCGGAAUAAGUAACGCCGAGGCUCGUCAGCCGGGAAAAGCUCCGAACUUCAGCGUGAACUGGACGGUGGGAGAUCAGGGCUUGGAGGUGAUUAACGCCACCACCGGUAAAGACGAUCUGGGUCGACCUUCUCGGCUCUGCAAACACACUCUUUCCGGUCGCUGGAUGCGUCUGCACAGCCAGCUCGCCUCCACCCUGCGGAUCAGAACCAUGCAGCCCAGCAGCUACCACGAGGCCAAGCAGGCGGCGCUGGAGUACCAUUCAGCCAAGCAGGUGCUGUUCAGGGCCUUCCACAGAGCCGGACUGGGAGCCUGGGUGAAGAAGCCUGUAGAACAGGACCAGUUCUCGCUCUCCAUCUGAGCCAGGGCUGGUUCUGGUUGGUGGAGGAAGAUGUUUCCUCUGGACUGGACUGUGUUUUCAUUGAAAGAAAGAGGCAACAAAUCCACAGACUCAACAUUUCUCUGAUUAUAAAUCCUCCUGCUGCUCCAAGAAGCUUAUUAUUUGGUCAGUUAUGCAACUUUAUACCGUGGACAGAAGUGCAGACAGUCUGAGGAUGGAAACACAUUUAACUUAGCGUGUCUACAGAUGUAGAUGAUGUUUCCUGCUGUGAGAAGCAUUCUUUUGCAAUUUAAGGUGAGAAAGUUCUGCAGUUUGAUGCUGCUGCACAUCUAAGCUCAGGAGGAAGACACUGUACUGACUCAGAUCUCAUGAACUCAGACUUUAAACUUCAUCUCACUUCACCUCUGUAAAUAAAUCCAGUUAAGUAGGUUUGGUCUUCUUCCUACCAGAAAUACAGUCAUAUGUAAAAAUUAAGACACCCCUAUUAAAUAAGUUAUAAAGAAAACAUUCACAUUGCAAUGUCGGAUCUAUCACCGGAAAACAACAGAAAUUUACUUUGUUAUACAAUCAAUGAAAGAUAACAGCAAUAUUCUAACUGAGGAAGAAGGCAGGACAUACCGACCUCUUACAGCAGCUGUGACAAUACCUUCAGCGAGAGUCUUCCUGUAGUCGUCUCCCAAUCACUGAUAUCAGUCUGUCCCACUCAUCAACAUUGAAUGUUUUUUCAGCUUUGAGGGAUUUGAGGGGUUUCUUCCAUGGUGACCCCACAGCAUCUCAGUGGGAUUAAGAUCUUGGCUUUGAAUCGACCAUUCCUGGAUUGUCAGCCAGUUCUUGUUGGAUUUACUGGUAUGUUUGGGGUCAUUGUCAUGUGGCAGCAUCCAGUUCUGCUUAGUCUCUGAUACACAGUAAAAUUCACAGUGGAUUUGGUGAUGGUGAGCUGACCAGGUCCUGCUUCACCAAAUUAUCCUGAAACCAUGCGGUAUUUGGUUUACAAAUGAACAUGUCCUCUGGUGAUCUAAUCAUCCAGUUUUAUACGCAUCUGUCCGAAGAACACGAUUCUAAAAAUCCUGAGGACUGUAAGAUGAAGCAGGUUUUCCUCUUAUUGAGGUAAAUUCAGGAUUAACCUAGGGUUGUCUUUACUACAAUGCUAGUUAACUUUGUAUUGGGCUAUAUAGCCAUGGUAACUUUCGCUGAAUGGCUGAAUGGUUCUGGAUAAGAGAUUGACGAGUAUAAAAUCACCACCUCCUGACCAAUCACUUCUCUUGGAAAAUGGCCACCCAUUCUGUCGAUCUUGGUGUGUGGAUCAUGAGAGGAGC